AUGUUUUUAAACAUACGUGCUAUACCUUAUAUAUUGUCUUAUAGUCACAGUAUUCAAAGUGACGCCGAUUAAUCUGUUACUCUGGAAAUUAAAAAAAUAAAUAAAUUGUUCAUAUUAAAAUAAUAUUUUUUUUUAUACAAUAUGACGUAUCUCAUACCACCGAACGAAACCCAAAUCGAACACAUAAAAAAUGAAGAAUUCUAUCAACCGUUAUAUAAACUUGAGGAAGAUGUCACUCAUCUCAUGGAAUGGUUGACCAAACAACCACAUUUACCUAAUAUUACUGAUAGAAAAUGGUUAGCACAUUUUAUAACUGGAUGCAAGUAUAAUUUGCAAAGAUCAAAACAAGUUAUUGAAUCAUAUUUCGUAGCGCGAGCAGAAUUUCCAGAAUUUUUUGGCUCUUUUAAUAGAGAACAGCUAAAAGAAGCUACUAAACAAGGAUCAGUAUGUUUGUUCCCAAAAUUGACUCCAGAGGGUAACCGAAUUUUCUGUACCACGACCCGACCGUCGUCGGACGAUGACGAUUAUGAUGUCAUGCUGUUUUGUCAAGUAUCCAUCGCUAUUCUAGAUUUGCAACUCAAAUUGGAGCCCAUGUAUGGCAACAUUAUCCUUUACGACUUGAAGCAUGUCCGAUUAGCUCAAUUCAUGGCCUUCACACCCACCUUAACAAAAAACCUGUUGAGAUGUUGCAUAGAUUCGUUCCCGCUGCGAGUAAAAACUGUCCACUACAUAAACCCACCUAAGUUCAUGAGCCGCCUCAUUACGUUCUUCAAGCUAUUUGUGUCAAACAAAAUAAGAGACAGAAUAUUUGUACAUGAUUCACUAGAAGAUUUGUACCAAUACAUCCCAAAAGACGUAUUGCCAGACAUAUACGGAGGUACCGGUGGAAAUCUCGAAAAAUAUGAAGAAGAUAUGUUGGAACUUUUGAUGGCUAACAAAGAAUGGCUGGAAGCACGACCAAAGGCCGACUUGUCAAGACGACCAGAACAUACAAAAACAGAUGAAUUGGAUAUGAAUGGUACAUUCAAAAAAUUACAGAUAGAUUAAAAUAUCUUGGUUUGGAAAAGAAUCUAUAGUGAUUAUUAAUAUUAUUAGUAAUUUAUUAUAAAUAUACACUGUUGUCUUUAUUUUUAAUGUUACGUGGACAAAAAUCAUAUUUAAAAUCAAAUAAACUAUAUAGAAAUAUGUGAUAAAUAAAAUUGUUGCACAAUAAUGUAUAAAAUAAAUAUUUAAUGUCUACAUAAAAAAAAAA